AUGAAUUCAGUUUCUUACCUCAUCAGAGCUUUAAAGAUUUUUGGUCGAGUUUCUAGGUUGGAGGCUAAUGUUGAAAAAACAGCCAUCUUUUUUGGAAAUGUGCGAGACAGGGUGGUGAAAGAGGAUAUUUUGAAUUGCUCUGGUUUUAUUAAUGGUUCUGCUCCUUCUAAAUACUUGGGGAUCCCUCUCAAUUCUAGACAUCUCAGGCUUGCUAAUUUUGAUGUGCUGAUGGACAAGAUGCUUCAUAAGCUCACCUGUUGGUCCUCUAGGAACCUCUCUUAUGCUGUCAGGGUUACUUUGCUUUGUAGAGGUUUUAUCUGGGAAGGAUCAUCCAUUCUUUCUAAAGCUCCACCUCUAGCUUGGAGUUGGGUAUGCUCUCCUAAGAAGAUGGGUGGUUUGGGAGUUAGAGACUAUGAGAAUUGGAAUAUGGCAGCAUUGGGGAACAGACAGUGCAUUGCUAGUAUUAGCUCGUGGUUGCAGAUUAUUGAGCAGGCUUUCAAUAUUGAUACUUCAUGGAAGGAUUGGAAGAAGGCUGUGAAGGACCCCAUCAAAAGAAGAGUCUGUUUUACUGGUCUAGCUGCUGUGGUUUAUUAUAUUUGGUGGGCCAGAAAUUCUGCAUUAUGGAAUAAAGCUGUUCCUAUUCCUAAUUUGGUUUGCAGAAAGAUAGGUGCUGAGGUUAUUGAUAGAUGUCAUCAGAUGGUGAGCAAGAAAUGGAGACAGCAGCAGUGCAAGUGGCUUUAUGAUGAUUUAAGGAAGAAUUGUCCCCUGUAA